GGUGCCUAUAAAGAAACUUCCACAACUCCGUCAAAUAUUAACCCGAAAAAUGAUGAAGCACAACCUACGCCUACUUCAAUCCCUGCACAAACGCAAACAAAGCCCGUUGUUGUUACUGCUCCUUCGAUCCAGACCCAACCUAGUCCAAGCGGACAACCCAACAUUGUCUCUGUGCAACUUCCUUCUGCUCCAAUGCUAAAAACGGAGCCAGUAUCGCUUCAUCCUGCUCCCUUACCUAUUCAACCAGCACCACUUGCUCAACAUGGCAUUCAGCAGACCCCACAAUCUCAACAGCAUACUUCUUUGCGAACUCACCCAAUGCCUGUAACAACAUCUCAGACGACACCGACUGGUAAGCCUCCUGUUGGUAGUGAAGAAUGGCAUCGACAACGCCGUGAGAAUCAUAAAGAAGUUGAGCGUCGCCGUCGUGACACGAUCAAUGCUGGAAUCAAUGAGCUAGCUAAAAUUGUACCUGGCUGUGAGAAGAAUAAAGGUAGUAUCCUUAACAGAGCAGUUCAAUAUAUUCAACAACUCAAGGAAAACGAAGCUACGAACAUCGAAAAGUGGACAUUGGAAAAACUUUUGACGGAUCAAGCUAUUCAAGAAUUGCAGACGCAAGUGGAGGUGCUUAAAUCUGAAAACGGUCGGCUCAGAGCGGAGUUAGAAGAAUUACAAGGGCCAACAAAGAAGAAGCAACGAACUGAUUGA